GUCUCAAUGAUAUAUUGAUAUUGACCAGCGUGAAUAUUACCAUUGUAUGGAUUAAAUAUCAAUUGAUAUUCUUCUAGGAGAACUGGUGGUAUUGAAAUGUACGAUUAGUAGUGUUGGUGGUCAGUAUAAUAAAUUGUAUAAAAAAAAGCAAACAUCAUUGAUGAUUUCGAUUUUAUCUUAAUAGGUGUAAAUUCAACAAUUCAAUGGAAAAAAAUUGACAAUCCAAAUAAAGUCUUAACCACUAAUAGAACUUUGAUUAUUGAAAAGUUUUCAUUAUUAGACUAUGGUGAAUAUGUUUGUACGGCAUCAAAUUUAUAUUCGUUUAAAUCUAAAAAUAUUAUAUUAAAGAAUCCUAAUCGUCAUUCAUUAAACAUUCAUGUACACGGUGAUAUUCAACCUGGAAACAAAGUUGAAUUAACGUGUAUCAAUACACAAAACAAAUUAACAACACAUAAUGCUAUUUGGUUACGUCGAGAUCGAUCAAUAUCAUCACACACAAUUAUUGAUGGAAAUAAUUUAAUUAUAUAUCCAUUUGAUGUUAAUGAUUUAGGCUUGUAUACAUGUGAAACAUUGGAAACAAGUGAUAAUGAUAUAAAACAACAACAAACUAUAAGAUUCUCAAAUGAUUAUUCAUAUUCAAUUGUGAAAGAUACAGAUCCACCGCAUCCAUACAUUUAUGCUCAAUUAGAACCACAUCAUGUUGGUGAGACACUGGCUCUUAUAGCAGUCGUAGCUGAAAAAGCUCAUGUUUACAAUUGGUCUCGUCGAUCGAAUGCUGAAUUUGAUUACACAAGAACAAUUGUGAAUGAUAGUUAUCUGCUCAUCAACGAUAUUCAAGAGAGUGAUGCUGAUGAAUAUGUUGUACAAGUUGAAAACAAUUAUGGUAUCGGUUGGCAGAAUUAUAUUCUUCAUCUAAGUUCAUUAUUACCAGCAUCGUCAAAUUCCACAGAUGAAACAUCCGUACGUGGUCAAAUUAAUCCAAAUAUAUCAUUAACAAUCAAAAUUGACAUAAAUGGCAAUAAAAAGAAUGGAGCACGAACAAUCAAAUGUUCAACUACCAUAAGAGAUGCAUUUGUCUACUGGCGACGACGUCUGAGAGAAUCACCACCUGUCUCUUCUCUUACCAUUGAAAAUGAUACAUUAAUAAUCAUGAAUGAUAUAAAUACCAAUAGUGAUAUUGACGGCACGUAUACAUGUUUUGUAUUAAAUGAAGGUAUGGUCGGUAUCCAAAGUAUUAUUAUUGAUACUGACGGACGUGUAUACACAAAAGCUGAUAAAAAAAUAUCAUCAAAUGGAAAAUUAGUUUUAAGAGAAUUAAGUGGUUCAACAUUCCGACGAUUCGAGUUAGAUUGCGUAGUGGAUGAUGAUAAUGCACUUAUUACAUACAAGUUUAACGGCGAUCGAAUUGCUGAUGAUGUUGAACAACAAGGGCCAUUACUGAUUAUCAAUCAACCAGAAUCUCAUCAUUUUGGACUUUAUACAUGUUUGGCAACUUUUCAUAAUCAAACAAUCGAAGAAUCGGUAAAUGUUGAUGAUUUUACAGCAUCUGAUACGUCAGUCGAAACACCAUUUAUUAUUAUUUAUUCACCAAAGCAUCAAAAUCAUUCAUUAUACAUUUGCACCAUCGAUCCGGAAAGUGAUUAUGAAAUAUGGUGGGUACGUCGAUUAAAGAUUCUAAAUUCCGAUACAUAUGUUAAAAAGGGACAAUUAAUAUUUGAAACGUUAACAAACGAUACGUAUGGGGAAUACACUUGUACAGUAAAUACAACAAAUGAAGUAUUAUCAAAAACAAUAAUUAUUGAUGAAAUGGGUUUUCGAAUUAAAUAUGAUGUAGAAAAUUUGAACUUGAACCUGACAACAGGCUUCUAUUAUCUAAAUGAGACAACUGUUUUGCUCGAUUGUUUAACGGAUGACAAAUCUUAUGUAAAUUGGUACACGCCGUCAAACGGAUUGAUAAAGUCAUCAAAAAAAUAUUCAAUGAUUAGUGCAAGUCAAGUACUAAUAUCAAAUAUUAAUGAGAAUGAUCUGGGCAAAUAUCGAUGUCAGGCAAGCGUAUAUGAUGCUGACAAAAAUGAAGUUAUUGUUCGAUCAAAAGACUUGAUUAUUGACAAGGUAGGUAUCUAA